AUGAGUAAUAGUGUUAUAUAUUUAGGUUAUAGGUGCUAGGGUGUGGAUGUUUACAAAACUACUAUCCCAGACAAUUGUGCUGAACCUAAUAAUAUUGAUAAGAUAAUUAAUAAUCCUUCUGCUGCUUUUUAAGUUAAAUUAUAAACUUCACAAUAUAAUAUGCCUCCCAGCAAAUGGAAGCAAACUUUAGAAAUCACAAUAUUAACCUAUUAGGAGAUAACUUUAAAUGUAACUAAUUAAUAAGCUAUUAUAAAGUAAGGGUCAAUUUUUAAAUAUGAUUCUACUUUUUCCUCUCCAAUUUAACACUCAUUCGAAGUUAUGACAGAAAGACUACUUUCGAAAAUCAGGAUUAACAUUAAUCAUGCAAGUUACUUUAUAGCAUGA